AUGGAGUUGAAGUUACUGCAUCCAGCAGCCCGAGGAAGACGAGGCUGCCAACAGCUCCAAGCCCCCAGGUCCAGCCAAUUGUGGAGCCAUCAUAGGACACACAGGGAUACACACAGCCAACCUCACAAAUCCAUACAGGCACACACCCCCUCACACAAACAGCACCAACAGCCUCAUCCUGCUGAGCUGGAUGUACCCCUUAUUGUUCCCCUUGAGGCACAUUUGAGUUUAAAUAUAAAAGGCUUUAAUAACAAUGUAUUGUCCGAGUCCUACUACCAUGAAGCACCUACCUGCACACCACUGGUGCCAGCUGCAGAGGGGGUGGCAGGGCAUCUGCAGGCGCCUGAGGCUGUGCUGCUGCCGGAGGCUGUGGGGGACGUGGCUGCACAGAAGGCAGUCCGGGCCUUGCUGGUGGCAGCUGGGGAGCCGUUGGCUGAGGUCCCAGCCCACGUGUGCAGGGCACUGGCUUUGGUGAUGCCAAAGGGCGUGCGGGAGGCCACAGUGGGACACGUGCGGGAGGUGCUGCAGCGCCAUGGGGUCAUCGACCUCCCAGCUGCCGACCGUCUCUCCCUGCUGCGUUACGUGGCCGGGGAUGGGUGCCAUGCUGAGCUCCGGGGUCUCCCCCUCCUGCCUCGCCCCUCAAAGGCCUUUGGAACUGCAUCAGCCAUUGUCUACAUGGACACAUCCGACUGCCCCAGGGAGCUCCUACCUGGCCUGAUGGGGUCCUUCUUGCCUUCAGACCUGGAGCUGGGCUUGGACAGCCUCCUGCGAGGCAUUGCCAAGACAGGUCUCUUCCCCAACCUGGUUCUGCUGGACCCAGCUGUGACUGUACAGACCCUGCACUUGGGUCUGCCCCCCGCCUGGACAUCCCAGUCUUCAACCCCAGUGACCUGGUGCCCGGCCCAAGGACCUCCCCAACCCCCAGCCUCCUGGUUCCCAGCCCUGUGGCAAUUCCUGGCCCACCACGUGGAAGACCUGGACCCGCUGGAGGGGCUUCCUCUCAUAUCCCUGUCCCCACUGGAUGCCCCCAGUAUCUGUCUGGCUCUGCUUAUACCUGAGUCCAGUCUCAUUUUCCAGGCAUGGGAGGACCAGCACCUGCCACCUGCUGUGGCCUCUGUACUGGAGGUCCUGGGUUGCCCAGUGGUGCCACCGGGCAUGUGGCACCGCUCCCUGUCCCACUACGUCCUGCCUCCAUCCCCCCUCAAUGCCUUGCGAGCCCUGGGCAGGCAGGGGGUUGUAGCAGUGGCCUCUCGCAUGACCUCACUGCCUGAUGUGGAUGUGGUCACCCUCCAGCUCUACCUGGCAGAUGUCCCAUCCCUGACAGAGCAGGACAGGGCCACCUUGGCUGCUCUGCCUCUCUUUAUGCCACAGCCCACAGAGUUGGUACCAGCUAAUGCCACCCCGAUGCUGGAACCAGAGCUGGAGCUGCCCAGAGAUGUGCUUCUGCUGGAGGCCAUGUUGCAGUGCCGAGAUGAAGCUGACCAGCAGCUCCUUGGGAGGCUCCAGAGGCCCCUCAUCAGUGCAGCCAACGUUAUGCUGAAGGCCAUCAAAGCCGUGGCCCAAGGCGCCUAUGAAGGGCGGGCGGCUGAGACACAGGCUCUGCUACUGCUUCUGCAGCACGGAGAGGUUGCCUUUGCACAGAGCCCCCUGCUCCGGCAAGCCUGCAGUGAGCUGGCCUUCCUGGAGACCCCCAAUGGCCCUGUCUGCCCGCGAGACCUCUACGACCCCUGCGACAGCACUUUGCAGGCACUGCUGGGACCUGAGCGCUUUCCUCCUGCUGCCUUCCUGUCUGUCCUCCGUGCCUUGAGGGCCCUGGGCUUGGGGCACAGUGAGGGGUGCCUGCUGCCUUCAGACAUCCUCUUGGUUGCAGCAAAAGUGAGUCAGGGUGACACAGUGGCUCUGGACAGGGCUGAGGCACUGAUCAAGGUCUGCAACCUCCCCAAGGCAAUGGCUGACUUCAGUGCUGCAGAGCUCCAGAGGCUUCAGGCCCUGCCGUGGGUGCCUUGCUCCAAGUGCACUGGAAUGCCUGGGCAGCCUUUCCUGCCACCCAUGGAGCUGCGAUCCACUCAGUACCAGUGCCUAGUGGGGCUUGCCAUGCCCCUGACUGAUGCCUUUUUGCCAGAGGCAGAGAAAGAGCUGGGGUUGAGCCAGACUCCACCACCAGAGAGAGUGUGGGAGCAGGUGAGAAAGCUGGCAAGGCAUGGGAACAUGGAUAAGGUGGGUUCCGCUCUCCAGCCCAUUUACUGGCACAUGCAAGAAAACCUGGAGGUCUUUAGGACCGCCCCGGAUGAUGCUGUGGUGUGGACUGGAUCUGGAUUUGUCCUGCCACGUGAUGCCAUGCUGGGCUAUCCUGAGGAACUGGAACUGGGGAUGCUGGUGCCCUGGGUGCCCCCUGACUUCCUGCCCUACAGCUACCUCUUCAGUGCUGGGGGGGGGGUGGCAGUGGGGGUGAGUGCGGAGAGGGCAGUGUCAGCCCUGCACUGCCUGGGGCAGGACAUAAACACAUGCAGCUCCAGAGCGGGCACUGCCACAGAGUUGCAGGUAGUUGUAGCCGUCCUGGAGUGGCUGAAGAGUCGGGGGCACCAGGGCGAGGGCACCGUGCCGGUUCCUGUGAGGAUUCUGGAGGGCUCAGGCUUUGCCCUUUGCCCAGCUGCCUCUACCUUGUACCUGGACAUGGAGCUGGAGGAUGAGGAAGAUGUUCAGGAGGUGGUGCAUGAGGCUGUACCAUCCAGCACAACCAUAUUCCUUGGUGCAGAGCUGCUCAGUAUGCGGGUGCUGGGGCCAGAGCCAUUCCCAGCCUGUGGUCCCUCGGAGCCCAUCACCUUACGCCUCUGCAACAUCCUCCGGGAGUAUGGCGAAGAGAGCGACCUCUUCACAGAGAUGGUCCAGAAUGCAGAGGAUGCCGGAGCUACUGUGUGCCGCUUCCUCCUGGACCUCCGGUGCUGCAGAAAGGCCACCUCUGGGCUGCUAGACCCAGGCAUGGUUGCCUGCCACGGUCCAGCCCUCUGGGUCUACAACAAUGCCCUGUUCGCAGAGGAUGACCUCCGUAACAUCACGCGGAUUGGGGCUGCUACAAAGGAGGGGCAGGCAGGCCGGAUUGGGCGCUUUGGGCUGGGCUUCAGCUCUAUCUACCGUAUCACAGAUGUGCCAGCAGUGCUGAGUGGGGAGACGCUGUUCGUCUUUGAUCCCAAUGGCACCCAUCUGGGCAAACACAUCCCCAGGGCCGGCUGCCCUGGCAUCCACCUGGACUUCUCCAGCCGACCACGCAUCCUCCAUGUCUUUGCUGAGCAGUUCCAACCCUACCAUGGUAUCUUUGGGUGCUGCCUGCCUGAGCCAGGACCCUUUCUAGGGAACCUUUUCCGCCUGCCUUUUCGCACUGAAGAGGAAACCAUUACAUCGCAGAUUUGCUCAGAGGUCUUUGGUACAGAGCGCAUCCAGUCCCUUGGCACUGGUUUCCUUGACUCUAACUGGCUCCUGCUGCUCUUCCUGAAGAAGGUGAGGGAGCUGUCCUUGGAGAUGCUGCCAGACAUGGCCACCUCCGCAGAGAAUACCAUACCUCUGGUCACGCUGUGGCGAAAGGAGAUCCAAGACUUGGGGUCCCCUGGGGACCCCCCAAGCUGGGCGACCAUUGAGCAGCUCUCAACCUGCGAGGAGGAAUCCAAGACCAUACGGCACUACUUGGUUUUGGUGUGUCAGGGUGAUGGGGAACUGCUGGAAUUGUUUCACCAGGACACACGGGCAGGACUCCGUCCUCCACAUCCCAUGGCUGGUGUGGGCCUUCCCCUUGCCCCCACUGAAGACGGCAAGUGGGUGCCGCGCCUGGAUGGCGAGAAGGGGCAAGUCUUCUGCCACCUUCCCAUACCAGUCAUCUCAGGGCUACCAAUCCAUGUGCAUGGGGCCUUCAGCAUCCUCUCAAACCGCAAGGGGCUGUGGGACACCGCAGAGCGGGGUAAGUGGAACCGGCUGCUGCUUCACAAUGCUGUGCCAAUUACCUGGCUCCAGGCACUAGACCACCUCCAUGCCAUGCAUGAGGCAGGUGAGUUGAAGAACUAUGAGUAUCAUCUCUUCUGGCCAGACUUUAACACUGCCCGUUACCCCUUUACAGAGGCCGUGACUGGUUUCUACCAUGCUGUGGCAGCCAGGAAUGGCCCCAGGCUCUUUUCUGAUGGCCGCUCAUGGUGCUCACUGCAGGAUGCCUGCUUCUUACACCAGGAUGUGGACAGACACCCCAAGCUGGGUGAUGUGGCGAAGCGUGUCUUUGCCACCACUGUGCCCCAUCCCCUGUUAGCUGUGGCCUUGCCAGAGCAUGUGCAGAAGGGCGUUGAGAAGGCAGUGGAUGCUGGCACCUAUGACUGGCCCCGCUUUUACUGUGAUCUCGUGCUUCCCAACUUGGAAAAGCUCUCUGCUGUUGACCGGAACCCACUGCUUCUCCAUGCACUGGAUAUAGCCCAUGAUGAUGUGGACAAAGUGCUGCAGACAGUGUCCUGCAUUCCUGCCACCCCUCAUGGCCACCUGCAGCUCAUCAAUCGCUUGGUGCAUCCCAGAGGCCGUGCUGCCCCUUUAUAUGACCCUAAGGAUCGGUGCUUCCCCACUGGGAAUGCCUUCCUUUCCCCAGAGAGACUAAACCAACUGGAGAGGCUGGGCAUGGUGAAGAACACAAUGGCCCUGCCAGAGCUGCUGGAGCGGGCAAAGACCGUGCAGCUUGUCUGGACCAAGAAUCGUGCUCAAGGCUGCCAGAGGGCUACCUGUAUCCUUGAGCUGCUUCAGGAUGCAGUGAAGGAGAGAGUGAACAAUACCCUGCAGGUCGCUUUCCAGACUGUGCCCUUCCUCCCUGGUACACUGCCCUCUGGUGAACAUGUGCUGUUGCCAGCUGCCCAGCUCUACCAUCACCUCCAUGCCCCUCUAGUGGGACUCAUUCACCCUAUCUUGGCUCCUAAAGCACUGGGGGAAAACUUCAGCCCCUUGGGACUGGACCGGCAGAUACCAUCAGCUACAGUCCUUAAGCAGCUGCAGGCACUGAGCUGUAGCUCCAACUCUCUCCCUUUGGAGAACCUGCAGGACAGCACCAACUGCUGCUACAAGCACCUGAACAUACUGCUCCAGAAAGGUCACUCCAGCUGGGAUGAAGUGGCUUCUGCAGUGGCCCAAGGGGAACCCUUCAUCUUGGUGGGCUCCCAUUUUGUACCAGUCAUAGCCGUGGCUGAGACACUGUCAUUUGACGCUGUCCCAUACCUUCAUCAGUUCCAAAAGCAAUACAAGCCCUAUGACCAACUCUGGGAGUGUGUGGGACUGCGCCACACCUUCACCUGGGAUGAUUAUGCCCGAGUGCUCUGCACCCUGGCAGAGACACAUGCUGGAAAGCCACUGCCUACCCUGGAGCUGGCUCUGGCCUUACGGUUGGUGUCUUGUGGCUUGAUGGAAGAUGGCAACAAGCCAGAUGCCUACCAGACCCAGCGACUCUUUCUGCCUGAUGAGGAGGGCAUUUUGCAUCCACAGGACAAGCUUCACUUCAACAAUACACCAUGGAUGCAAUUGGACAGAGAUGUCCUCCUGUGCCAUAAACAGCUGUCCCAAGCUGCAACCCUGCGCUGUGGGGUGCCUACCACACUUCACCGAGCACUGGAGAGGAGUCAACUCAUCACUGAUGACCUGACCCUCUGGGCACAGCCAUUUGGUGCCUGUGAAGACUUACCAACCCAUCUGAAGAACAUCUUAAAGGAGUACCCAGCAUCGGCUUCUGAUAUGGUGAAAGAGGUGCUCCAGAAUGCAGAUGAUACUGGUGCGGGGCUUGUGCACUUUGUGUGGGACCGCCAGCAGCACCCAGUGAAAGCCACUUUCAGUGAGAAAUGGAACGUCCUGCAGGGCCCUGCCCUCUGCAUCUACAAUGACAGGCCCUUCCAGCAGCAGGACAUUGAAGGCAUUCAACGUCUGGGGGUGGGUGGCAAGCAAGGCCGGCAGGAUGUCACAGGCAAAUAUGGCCUUGGUUUCAGCACUGUCUUCCACUUUACUGACUGCCCAGCCUUCCUGACUGGAGACAGUGCCCUGUGUGUCUCUGACCCCCAUCUCUACUACGUGCCCAUAGCCACAACUGAGAAGCCUGGUGGGAUGUUCGCUGUCAACCCUGAAUUCAAGAAGAAUUUUCCAGAUGUUUAUGACACCUUCCUACCCUCCCUCUUCAACCUGAGUCAGGGUGUCCUUUUCCGGCUACCGCUCCGCACUGCAGCUGAAGUUCCCAACUCCAGGGUGUCUGACAUGGUUGUGCAAGACCAAGACCUUGAGGACAUAGAGGAAACACUGGGUGAGGAAGGUGAGGAUUUGGUGCUCUUCUUCCAACAUAUCCACACUGUGGUCUUCUCUGAGAUCCCCCCAGAUAGGAAAAAGUUGGUGGAGAGGCUGUGGGGGACAACAGAGCUCACAGAUGGUGAUGCAGAGCUGAGACGGGGUUUUCAAGCAAGAUUAAGCCACGUCAUGGAUGGGAACGGCCCCACCUCUGUCUCCUAUAUCAUGAAAGUCAAAAACAGCAAGGCCAAGACCAGAACUGUGUGGAGGGUGAUCUCCCAAACUGGGGUGCAGGAGGGGGCUGAGGAGUCUCCGGUGCUUGAGUGUCUGCCCUAUGGGGCUGUGGCUGCCUGCCUGGAGCCAUUGAACACAAUCACAGGCAAAGCUUUCUGCACCCUCCCACUGCCGUUAAAAACUGGGCUGCCUGUGCACAUCAAUGCCAGCUUCUCUGUGGAUGUAGCCAGGCGCAGUCUUUGCGGGGACAGAGGAGCCUGGAAUGACUUCUUGCUCCGGCACUUGGUGGUUCCACUAUACUGUGACUUUCUCACCAGGCAGUGGAAAGCCUUGGGGCCAGAAGAGCUCCGGUACAAGUCCCUGAAUCUCUGCCAGCAGCACCUGGACUUACACUUCCUCCAGUUUUUCCCUGUUAUGCCAAGGGUACUCCCUAUCUUUCAGGACGUGGUGAGGGAGGUCUAUGAGCACCUGAGUCCUGCACACCUGCCCCUGGUGCCUGUGUACCACGAGAAGUCACCUGGCAGCAUGGUGACAAUCACCUGGGCAUCUCCAGGUGGAAAGGAUGUGCUAACAGAGCCAUACUUUCUUGAAGUGACGCCAGACCCAGAUGUUCAGAAGGUGCUGCAGCACCUGAACAUGAAACUGGUUCCAGCAUUCACCCACCUGCAGCAGAUCCAUGAGCAGUUCAUUGAAGCCCAGGUGAAUGCUGCUACCUUAAGCCCAGCCACUCUCCAGCACUUCCUCAAGGCCCUGGCUCUGCCUGUGCCUUGCAAGCUGGCUGAGACAUCCCUGGGGACUCCGGAGAGCUCCUCCAUCCUGCUGAAGUACUUAGCAGGAUGGAGCGGGUACUCCCAAGGUACUCCCAAGGAUGUGGACAAGGAAGAACUGGAAGGCUUGCCCUUGCUAGCCACACAAGAUGGUUAUCUGAAUACUCUCAGCAUCCGUCAUCCAGUCUUCAAGAACUCCUUUGCCCACCUCUUCCCCCACCACAAGCACCACUUUGCCCAAAAGUGUGUUCCUGAUUGGAUCCCACCUCACUUUGUGAAGGAGCUUGGUCUCCCAGAAGCCACACCACUCAUCCAGGAGGCACUGGGUCAGCUGAAGUGGACCACAGAGGGGGAAAAGUGGCUCAAGGGACUGUGGACCUUCUUUGACAGUGUUGUCCACACACAGGGAAAGGCCUCAGUGGAGUUGGAUGCGAACAUGAAGUCAUUCAUGGGUCAUCUCCAGGACAUGGCAGUGCUGCCUAUUCAGGGGAAUAAUACAGACUCAAAGCAGUUAGUGCCACUAUCCUCCCUCUCCAGAGUUCUUUUUAACUGUCACUCAGAAGUGGAAAAGGUGCUGCACAAACUGGGCAUCCCUAUGCUCCAGUGGUCCCUGCUGCCCUUUCAUUUUGCCCACCUCUGCUUGAAGUCAAGGGCGCUGCAGGUCACAGAGCCCAGGGCUGUAGUGGUCCACCUGGUAGACACUGGAGCUGAUCUUUGCUGGGGGGACUUUAAGGAGGAGCAUGUGACUACUCUGCUGUGCUUUGUGCAGGGAAAGCUGGAUUCAUGUGCACUGGAGCAACUCCAGCUCCUGCUUCUCUUCCAGAAAUUUGGUGGGGGCUAUGUAGCAGUGGCUCCCUACUGCAAGGUACUGUUGCUCCACAGACAGUACCUGGAAGUGCCCCUGGGUGCCCAAGCCCUGUACAACCUGGACAAAGACACAGUGCUGCUCACAUCAGACUCAAUCCACAAGCGGCUGGCCAAGGAUUUGAAAUGGGAGGACACUGAUGACCAAAAGCUCUUCAUCACCGUGGUGCUACCCUGGCUGUCCCAGCUCACGCAGCAAGAACUUAUGGAAGCUGUACGGUUGUUCUUUGUCCUGCAACCCAUCUGUGAUAGUCAGACCAGGAAGGCUAUUGUGGCAGCAUUUCAGAAUGUGCCCUUUAUACCCGAUGCCUGUGGUACACUGUGCUUAGCCUCCUACUUUUACAUCAAUGCGCCCUCCUUCCACACUCUGUGGCUCCAAAACCGCUUUGCGCCUAAAUCUUUCUUUAAGGAGCUAGGGAUGAAUUUGGCAGUUGAAGAGUUUCUGUUAGAGGCCGGUGUCCGCACCAGUCUCUCUGUAGAGGAUUUUGUGGCACUGGCCCAGGAGAUAGAGCAUGAAGCUGCUCAGGCUACCUGCCACACUGCAAACCUGCUGAAGCGACAGCAGGAGAUGCUCAAACAGCUUGAAACCCUGUUGGAAAAUACUGAGUCAGCGGGUUUCCCAGGGCAAAUUGCCUCAAUCCACUUCCUGCCUCCACUGGCCAUCCCCCAAAGUUUGAGGAGCCUCCAUCCCCCUUUUGCAACCUGCACUAAGCCUGUGGCCCUGAAAGGCAGCAUUUACCACUACCGAAAUGUGGCUGAGCUGCUGUGAACGUCAGCCACCAUUCCACCAAAGUCCCUUGAACUCAAGAAUUUGUUCCUGAAGGCCAUGGGAGUCCUUGUAGAGGUACCCACUGCCCUGGUGGUGGCCAACCUGGAGCAUGUGUGCAGGGCAGCCUCAGAUGCCACAACACGGGCCAAAGUGCUCCAGAACAUGUACAGUUUCUUGCAGACUCGUCUGAAGGAGGUAGAUGCAGAGCACCUUGCUGAGCUGUCUGUGGUGCUGACCAAGUCAGGGGACAUGGUCAGGCCACGGCAAGUGGUGACAUCACUCCCAGAUGAGGCUGACUUUUACCCCUACCUCCUCAAGCCUCACCCACACGUGGCUGUCUUUGGAGACCUCCUGCCACACCUUGGGGUAGUGACGCUCCCCACACUGACUCACUACAGCCAUGUCCUGGCCCAAAUCUACCAGGAGAGCCAUGUCAGUGGGACCCUCACUAGUGUUCAGAAGAAGAUGGUCCUGCUGGCCACACAGCACUUCUUCCAGCUGCUGCGGGAGGCACCAGAGCCCCCUGAUUGUUCUGCUGUGGCUAAGCUGUACCUGUUGAGCACUGCUGACUGCCUAGAGCCAUCCCACAGGCUGUGCUUCAAUGACUGCCUGCCCUCAGAGACUGCUCAGGCCCUGAAGAAGACCUUUUUGUUCAUGGUUGACCUGCCAGUGACAGGAUGUAAUGCCAGGUGGCUGCUGCAAAUGCUACCACUACACCUGCGGCCACGGGCACUCUCAGAGGUGACAGAGCAGCAGCUGGAGGAGGGCAGUCCAUGGCCAUGUCGCUACGGCUCUCACUGCCCUGGGCAGAGGUGUCUGCAGACUCUCCUGGUAUCACUGUGGUUUAGACUGGGGCUGGUGUCCCUGCUCCAGUGGCAGAGCCACAAGGCUGUGUUGGGAGUGGACGGGGAUGGUGGCUUUGCAGUGGAGCAGCUGAAAGUGCAGUGCUGUGAGAACAUCUGCACUGUGCUGCUCCACAAUGGGACAAAGGUGGAGGGCAGCUCCCAGUCACAAGUCAUCCAUGCGUGCCUGUCAGGUGGUGCCCAGCGGCUCCUCUACAUCCGGCAUGCAGAGAUGGUGCUGAACCGGUACCAGCUGAGGGUCCUGGAGACACUAGCACAGGAGAUCAAUAACAUGCUGGGUGGACAGCUGGAGGCACCUGCCUUGUCCGUACUGCGUGAAAUGCUAGUCUGCCAGGAGCCGCAGGAUGUGGCCUUUGUUCUGGAGGAGAACAAUGUGGCACUGGUGGGUGCUGCACCAGAGCUGGAGAAGAGGCUGCAGGAGGAGGCAGGGGCAGAGAGGAAGCCAUGGAAGGUGAGUGGCGAUGUGGAUUCCGGCCUUGCAGCCUUGAGGCCACUGCAUGUUGUCAGGUGGCCAAAGGUGUUGCAGGAGCUCUGCGUCCAGUACGAACCUGUGAGCACUGCCCAGAACCACUGGGGACAGAAAGGUUGUGGCUCCAGGCUGAGCACUGAGGAGGCCAUGGCCCUGACUCUGUCCAUCCCCGAGGCCCUACGGUGGCUGCGUCAGGCCACGAGUGACCUGCAGGCAGCCCACAAUGGCAUUCGGCGCUGCUGCCCCAACUGGGUCCUCUUCAAAGUGCACCAGGCCCUGGAGAAGGCACUGGUGGCUGCUGUACUUUGCCGUGGUGAAGCCUUUGAGGGCCUGGGGGGGCUGAUGGGCUUUGCCAAAUGGUUGGAGGCAAAAGAGCCAGAACUGAGGGGCCUGGUACUGGACAUGCAGUGACUGUGUAAACAGGGCAUGGAUGGAGAGGCCACACAGUACCCAAAUUACCACCCUUUCCCCAUGACCCCCAGCGAGGCCUUCCCCAGCGUGGAUGAAGAGGAGGUCCUGAAGCAGGCACAGAAAGUGCUGGGGACAUUGAAGGACCAUGUGGGCAGAAAGUGAGGAUGUCCCCAGAGAGGGUCACUGGCAGCUGUGCCAAGGGACCACCAUGGGCCCACCAGAAACCCAUCAUGGACCUGUUGUGGACUCAUCAUGGACUUGCCACAGGCCUGUCACAAGCAAUUUCAGACUGUCCAGGCCUGGUAGGAGAGCUUUGGAAGUAGAUUGGCCAGGCCACUGGAUGUUGCGGGGUAGCCUGUGCCAUUGGCAUGCCUUGAGAGCAGGGGAAAUAAAGUACAAUAAUGAAUGUUGCAGAGCUGGUAGACCCUUCACUGACAGUGGACUCAAGGGGUAUGGAGAGGUCAUGGGUGGCUGGUGAUGUGUGGAAGGUGGAGAUGGUGAUGAAGGGGUUUAGAGAACUGUGGUGGUUUGAUCUUGGCUAGUCAGUUGCCCACCACACCACUCCAUCGCUCUCCCUCUUUGACAGGGGGAGAAAAUAUGAUGAUGUCUCAGUUUAAUGAGACUGAAGUGUUUUGCUAAGGAGGAUGAGUUAUGAG